AUGGCGGCGUCGACGACGCUGAGCCAGACGCAGCGGUACGCGGCGGGGGCGCUCCUGGCGCUCGCGCUCCGACAGGCGCAGAUCCACCAGCAUGUCCUCCUCGGUUCCCACGGCCUCGACGACGACCCCGACGGCCCGGACCCCGGCGUCAUCUCCCCCCGACCCGACGACCCCGACGGCCGUGAACUCUGGACUCACGAAUCCCGCGCCCUCCUCCUCCCCGUCCUCAGGUUCCUGGAGAUCGACCCCAAGGCGUGGCCGGGCGUGGAGAAGACGGCGGCGACCUCCGAUCCCAAGCACCACAUCGGAGCCUUCCUCCGGAAAGUCUUCGAGGACGAGGACGACGGCGAGAAGGCCGCGGCUGACAGGUCCGACCUGGAGCUCGCGCUCGCCAAGGCCGUCGACGCCAUGGCGAUGGGGCUGGAGCACGACGCCGGAAUCGGAGCCAGCGACCUCAUGAAGCAGCAGAUCAAGGCCGACGAGCAGGACCCCGCCGCGGACGACGACGGGUCGCCGUCACGCCGCUCCUCCUCCAAGGACUACCGGAAGAUGGCGGUGCUGUACAUGCUCCUCUCCGCCUGCGUGGCGGACGUGAACAUGGCCGAGGACGGCGUGGGUUCCCCCCGCAUCAGGAAGGGCUACGACGCACGCCACCGGGUCGCGCUCCGGCUGCUGGCGACGUGGCUUGACGUCAAGUGGAUCAAGAUGGAAGCUAUCGAGAUAAUGGUUGCUUGCUCUGCUAUGGCUGCAGCGAAAGAGGAGGAGGAGUCGCGUGAAUGCAUCUCGCCGCGCAGCAGGUGGCAGAACUGGAAGCGUGGCGGGAUCAUCGGCGCCGCUGCCUUGACCGGAGGGACGCUCAUGGCCAUCUCUGGAGGUCUGGCUGCUCCUGCGAUCGCUGCAGGGUUUAGUGCUUUGGCCCCAACACUGCACGCACUUGUCCCUAUUAUAGGAGCAAGUGGAUUUGCUGCUAUGGCAACUGCUGCUGGACACACCGCUGGCUCUGUGGCGGUUGCUGCAUCAUUUGGAGCUGCUGGAGCUGGGUUGACUGGGAGCAAAAUGGCCAAAAGAAUUGGAAAUGUGAGAGAAUUUGAGUUCAAAACUAUGGGCGAGAACCAUAACCAGGGUCGCCUAGCAGUUUGCAUCAUGGUUUCUGGAUUUGGUUUUAAUGAGGACGAUUUCUUAAAGCCAUGGGAAGGAUGGAAAACUAACUUAGAGAGGUAUAUUCUUCAGUGGGAGACUAACCAUAUUGUUGCCUUGAGUACAGCAAUACAGGAUUUUCUGGCAUCAAGAGUUGCAAUGGAGUUGAUGAGGGAAGGUGCAAUGCAGACUGUGUUAAGUGGUAUAAUCUCAGCAUUUGCAUGGCCUGCUACCCUGGUAACUGCUGCAGAUUUUAUAGACAGUAAAUGGUCCAUUGCUAUUGACAGGUCAGAUAAGGUUGGGAAAAUGCUUGCCGAAGUGUUGCUCAAGGGACUGCAAGGAAGCAGGCCGGUCACUCUCAUCGGUUUCUCUCUUGGGGCACGUGUCGUGUUCAAAUGCUUGCAGGAAUUAGCUCUAUCGGGCAAUAAUGAGGGGAUUGUCGAGAGGGCUGUACUGAUAGGUGCGCCGGUCUCAGUUAAAGAUGAGCUGUGGGGGCCUGCCCGGAAGAUGGUUGCUGGAAGGCUCGUGAACGUGUACUCCACCAAUGACUGGAUCCUCGGUGUCACUUUCCGUGCAAGCCUGCUCACGCAAGGUUUGGCUGGCAUCCAGGCGAUCCCAGUCCCCGGAGUGGAGAAUGUUGAUGUAAGCGAGCUAGUCGUCGGGCACUCUUCAUACCUGGGACUUCUCCAGCAGAUUCUGGACCAGCUUGAGCUGAACACCUACUACCCAGUGUUCUGCCCCCACACGCCCAGGUCGAAAUAACAACGCCGUGCGUCCAGGCACAGGAGUUAAAUAUUUCGUGCGUCAGGAACGACGGGCUGUAGUAAAUAAAGGGAGCGUUUGUUGUUAAAAGAGAAACGUCCAGUGUUGUAGACUUGUAGAGUGUUUUUUUUCUCUUUUACAUGCGUCCUAGGAACUUUUGUAGAAACAUUUACCUGGUUAUGGAGAAAUUCGAGUUGAUACCAUUUAAUUGAAGAGUGGAAUAAAUUAUGCUCCGAAA